UGGUGUUUGACAGUUUCAUCAUUCUAUCUUAAUGUUUAUUCCUUUCUUUUUUACAUUAUUAAAAUAAUCAAACAUUUGUUUUCUGUGUUACAUUUAACUUACCGUAUCCAAACGGAUUGUAUUAUUCAGGAUGGAUUCUGAAAAAUGUCGAUUAUGUCUGUGUACAGCUAACAGUCUUGCUGGAUUAUCGGCGUCGAUUGAGGAUGAUGGUUUUAACUCCAUGAUAAAGACCGUAUUUCGUUUCCCGGUACCGAAGUUUCAUGCAUUCGGAAGUAGUAACUACGCUUUGUCCGGUUUGGUUUGUUUUCAAUGUGCUACCAGCGUCCGGAAUUUCUAUUACUUCAGCAAAUGUGUCGAAUCCAAUCAGAAAAAACUUCAGUACGAAUGUGAAGCGAAGCAAAAGUCUUUUUCGGCAAAUUCUGAUGAUUGGACACUCGGGGAAAUAAUACAACAUUUCAAAACAGAAGCCGAGUCGGAUUCUGCAGCAAGUGGUAGAAGCCUUUUAAUGACCACAAAAGUUGAAUCUUCAGCCAGUAACAAUAACCGAAUCAACUCACCGCUAAUGGAAAGGCAAGAAGAGAGCACAAAUGGUCCUGAUUUAGAAUGCGUUGAUAUGCUAGACGUUGAAAUACAGCUACCCACCGUUCAAAACGCUGGUGAUUUGCAACAGAGUGGUGAACACUUUGAAACUAGAGACCUACGAUUGAGCACAGUUAAUACUCAUUGUAACGCAGUCGAAGAGAACACAACCGAUUCAAGUGAUUCAUUCACCGCGAGGUUAGCUCAUCGAGAUUCUUUCGAGUUCAGCCUUAUCAAAACAGAACAAGAGCUGAUAGCUUUCGAUAAAAAAUUAUUGGAUAGAGGAUAUUUUCAGAUGGUUCUUGAUUGGCUAACUGACAAUGUAAUAUCCAGAGACUGUGACAAUCGUAUGUUAGAAGCACAGGAUCUUAUUUUUCACAAAGAAUUUCUUGUAGAAUGUAGUUGGACGGGGCUAGGAAGGCAUUCAACGAAAAUUGCAUUCAAAUCCUACACCAACGUGUUGAAGCUAUUCAAACGAAUAGGAAGUACACGUCUCAUUAUGUUAACUGACAAAGAAGUAGGUAUAUAUUUCAUGAAAAAGCUCAAACAUGCCAAACAAAGAAUACUAGCAAAAGGCAUUCGGAAAUCGACCUGUCGUAAAAAAUUUUCAAGAAUCUCAAUGCCGUGUUAAAAAUAAGCCAAAAACAAGCCUAAUGAUUUCAACGCCGCGUUAAAAAUAGGUUCAAAAAUAGCCCUAUGUAUUGGAUAAAUUUUUUAAUCACUUUAACGUUUAAAUUGUAUUCCAAUGGUACGUAUGUCGUGUCACAGUUAGUGUAGCUGGUAGGGCGAUCCCCGUGAAAACAUUUUAUUUUUUCAUGCAAUAAAAAAAUUGACCUAUUCUUUUGGGAGUAAAUUUA